UUCAUAAACUAUAUAGAGCUCAUUAUUUUAGCUAAAAAUGGAACAAAUUCAAGUUGAAAUCAUUUCUAGAGAAAACAUUAGACCUUCUUCCCCCACACUCUUUCACCUAAGAACCUUUAAACACUCUCUUUUAGAUCAACUUAUUCCCAUUCCUCAUGCAGCAGCCAUCCUAUUCUACACCUCACAGAAUCUAUGUGAAUUCCCAAAGAGAUUAGAGUUGCUUAAACAAUCAUUAUCUGAAACACUAACACAAUUCUACCCUCUUGCUGGAAGGAUCAAAGAUGAUUUGUCUAUUGAUUGCAAUGAUGAAGGUGCUAACUUUGUAGUAGCCAAAGUGAAUUGUCCUAUUACAAAGUUUCUAGAGAAGCCUGAUUUGAAAUCACUGAAUGAGCUUCUUGCAACUACUCCAUACUCUGAAGAAACAAAGAUAGGAGCUCAUGUGACUAACAUUCAGGUCAAUGUCUUUGAUUGUGGUGGAAUUUCAAUUGGAUUUUGCGUUUCUCAUAGGAUCUUUGAUGCUAAUUCAAUGAACACCUUCACAAAGGUGUGGAUAGAAAGAGCCAACUGCAACCGAAAUUCAAAACCUUUGACAGAACCCAACUUUGCUAUAAGUUCUCUGUUCCCAACAAGUACUUUACAUUUCAGAGACUUCUCAAAGAAAAUCUGGGGUUCCUUUCUGAAGGAAGAAAAAUGGGUCACAAGGAGGAUUGUGUUCAAAAAUUCAACUAUUGCCACGCUCAAGGCUCAAAUAGUGGCAAAAUCUUCAUCCGAUCCAUUGAAGAAUCAUCUUAACACUCCUACACGUGUUCAGAUAGUUUAUGCAUUGUUGUGGAAGUGUUUCAUGGCCGCAUCAAAGGCUCAAUUUGGAACUCAAAGGCCUUCUAUGGUGAUUAACACGGUGAACCUUCGUCGAAGAAUGGAAGAGUCUCUACGUCCUGAGAAUGCUAUAGGAAAUUUUUUAUGGUUGACAACUUUAGAACACAUGAGUAGUGAGCAUGAGUUGAGUUUGGAUGAGUUGGUGAGUAAAUUAAAGAAGUCAAAUGAAGAAAUUGAUAAGGAUUUUGUUGCAAGAUUGCAAAGUGAAGAAGAAGGGAGUUCAAUCAUGGAAAAUGCUCUUAAGAGAAUUAGUGGUGAAACAUGGUUUAAUAAUAAUAAGGGUGAUGAGGCAUUAGAAACCUUAUGGUUUAAUAGUUGGUGUAACUUUGAAGGUUAUGAUGCUGAUUUUGGAUGGGGAAAACCUACAUGGCUGAGUAGUGUUGGUGUAAAAGAUAAUUCAGUGUUAGCCAAUAAGAUAAUUUUGGUUGAUACUAAGUUCAAAGAUGGUAUAGAAGCUUGGACUACUUUGGAUGAGGAGAAAAUGAAGCAUUUGGUGUCAAGCACUGAAUUACUCACUUAUGCAACUGUUGAUCCAAGUCCUUUAGCAGUGUCUAGCUCAAAAUUAUAGGCUUGAAUUGAUUCAUUCUCUUCUUUAAUUAUCAUUAGCCACUAAAUAAAUUGUGGAACCUAUAUAUAUAUGGUAGGACUACCACAUCUUAUUCAUAAUAAUGGAAGAGAAUGAAUUGACUAAGUAAUUAUAUAAAAAAAAAAA